CUCCUACUGUUUCCAGAAAGGAGUGGAUGCCCAGUGUGUUGGGCCGGCAGACAAGAGCAGAGGACACUGGUUUCCUGGUUGCAUCGGUUCAGCUGCUGUAAGGAUAACCACCUAGAGCCUAUGAUGAACCUGCUCAUGUGUUCAUGUUGUGUGCUACUGGACCUCAUGACAGUCCACAGUUACGUGUUCAUGCAGGGCCGUAUAGUCGGUGGUCACACGGCUGCACCAAACUCCAUCAAAUACAUUGUGUCACUGCAAAGCACCAGGGGCCAACACUUCUGCGGUGGAUCACUGGUUCACAGGUACUGGGUGGUGACAGCAGCGCACUGCAACAUCGGGGCAGAGAACAUGAUGAUAGUGGCGGGCGAUUACAUCGUAAAUAGCUUUGAGGGUACUGAGCAGUACGCUAAACCCCACAGGCUGGUCACCCACCCUCUCUACAACCGGAGCACCAACAAUGCUGACAUCAUGCUCAUUAAGUUGCGGGCCCCCAUGGUGCUGAACAAAUUUGUGUCGCUGGCGCCUCUCCCCAGGCAGGGGACAGGAGUGGUCGAAGGCUUGGUGUGUCGGGUGUCCGGGUGGGGCUACAACAAUCUGGGUGGAGGCCAGGCCCCCUACACCCUGAGGACAGUCACAGUGCCCAUUGUUUCAACUGCAAGGUGUAACAACAGCGAGUCCUUUAACGGAAACAUCACGGCAAACAUGAUCUGUGCAGGCUACAGGACCGGGGGAAAAGAUGCAUGUAAGGGAGACUCCGGCGGACCACUGGUGUGUAGGGGGGCUGUCUAUGGACUGGUUUCCUGGGGCAACGGCUGCGGUGAUCCUAAGUUUCCGGGAGUCUACACGUCGGUGUCCAAAUUCCGUCGGUGGAUAGACCAAACCAUCUACGGGUCAUAUCUACGCUGCAACAGAUACUGAUAUAUGAUAACAAAAAAUAUGAAAGUAGCCAUUUAUGCCUGAAAAGGGUCAGUACCCUCAAAAUGUUUUAGCUGGCAUGGACAAAAGCUGGUUCUGUGGAAAAUAUGAAGAGCUUCCUUUAAUCCACUGCUCUGAUUAUUCUGAUAAUUUUGUUUAAUACCAAUAUAGGCCUAAUAGUGAUGUGUCUUAUGUUCUCCAAUUAUCCAGCUGUGGCUGGUCUCUGCCUGCUACAGUAGCUGAAGGAUCUUCUGCAAUGGGCGCAUUUAUAAGCCCUCUGUAUAUGUAAUCCAGUGAUGUCAAAUUCAUAACUUGUAAUAAAUAAAUAUUCAAAUUUAAAGAAUGUGUAAUGUUGUGUCAGUUUAGUGUUGAACGUCUACAUC